AUGCCAGCGAUUAGUCCUGUGUUGGGUUUGUCUCCACUGCUGCUGGUAUGGCUGCUAGUGGGUAAGACCGUAGACAGCCCUGUGCUUGUCUGGGUUGUCGACGGCGAGUCCUCGGCCGAUACGCUAUUCGGGGACAACGGGGACGAGGUCGAAAUUGAGGUCGAGGUCGAGGUCGAGAUCGAGAUCGAUUCAGUAACCCCAGUCGAAUUCUCAGUUGGAGUCGAGGCCGAACGAAAAGUUGUUGUAGUUGAGGCUCCUGUCGCCUUUGUCGACAGUGUCGACGUCCUUGCUGUGAUCGAGGUGGUAACAGUAGUCGAUACACCCGAGGGAGCCGCUGGGACAGCUGGCGUGGGUUUGGAUUUGUCGGUGCUGUCGGUGCCGUUGUUAUCGUCAUCCGGGCAAAUGCCCGAGUUACAUGGAUCGAUCGAACAACAUCCCUGGAACGGACCCUUGGAGCAGACAUACCAGGCCUUGCCUCCCGAGCAAGACAUUAUCGGUCUGGUGAGCUGGAGCAAGUGA